CUUUGAUACAUGAUCACAGAACAGGCUCGUGCUAGCUCAAUAGCAAACUGGGAAUGCUGAACUAUUCCCUCAAUUAAAUUGUACAACUAUUUAACUUAACAUAACAGUUCAGUUGUUGUGCCAUGAAUGGAUUUCACUUUGCAAAAUCUCUACGCCGAUAAAGGCCAAUAGAUUGUAUUUUUUUCGACGUUGGAAAAACAUUCGUCAUGUUAUCUUUGAUAUACUGGUUUAUACACAAGCUAAACUGGUGGCCGGUUCCGGACGCCAAUCCGUUAGAUUGUUUACUUCAAGGAGUUAUCGGUGCUUGUGGAAUCUGGGUCCUGCGGGACAUCACGAGGGUGCACCUGUUUCUAGAGCAACAGCGCCAUGACGCCACGGCCGGCCAGAAGCGACCGCUCCGACAUGAUAGCAGAGCUAGAGGCGGCCUGGCCCGGACCCUGCAGGCUGUGGUCUUGGUGGUUCUGCUGACCCUAGUGGGUUCCAGAGUGGCCUCGCUGGUGGUUCUUGAAUUCUCUCUACGCGCCAUCUCUUCUUGGUUUACCGAUGGGCUAGAAUCAAGGGAAUGUCAGCUGGUGCUCGUCCAGUGUCACUUCUCCUUAGGUUGUGCCCUAAGCUGCGGUCUACACUUUUUCCACGAGGGGGCGCCACAUCGUUUGCUUUCGUUGAUGUUGGUGGCAGCGCUCGGGUGGCUCUUAUCCAAUCAGACGUCCCGGUUGCUGCACCACGUGGAGACGCUGUACACACUCCACAGCUCGCGAAGCUACUGCGGCGUGUGUAUGACCCUGCUGUCCACGGGGGGGUCCCUGCUGCCCAUGCUACUACGCAGGACUUUGAUCGCCACCUUCUCUGUCGCUGUGCUGGCCUCCAUAUCCAUUGUGAACAGACACUUUGCUUCUGCCACUGAGGCACUGAAGUUUUGGACGCCACUGACUAUUUGCUACACCUUGUUGGUUGUGUACAUGCAAGACGAACGGAGCCGUGCGCGCGCCGGCCAGCAGCAGCAGCAGCUGCUGAAGGCGGUGGCCGUGCGUCUUGGGGGUCUAUUGGUGCUGAUGCUGACUGUCGGUCGCUGGGCAGAUGUGGUCCACAUCCUAAUCUGCUUCCUGGGAGAGGCCGUGUGUCUCGUUGCCGCCCGGGACCUGCUGGCUGCUAGGACACCCCUUUCGGAUCAGGAGGAUUUUGAGGACUACAACGAAGAAGAGAUCCAACAAAAAGAAACCAAGACACGCCUACAAUUAUCAAAUCAUACAGGGAAAUAAACAUCAUGCAGUGGGAUUAAGCUA